CUGGGUUUUUUUUUCUUCUUUUCUUCCCCCCCCCCCCAAAUUGACACGACGCGGCCUCCCCGCCGCUUCGCGCCUGUCUCGGACCGGCCUGCGGGGACAGGGCCAAUCUUCGGGGUUUCGCUUCUUUUACUGUUACUAUUUAUACACUGUUUCCCCCGACACGCUCGUUUUUAUUUCAAGGAAAUGCAAGUUAUCUUGGAGCACUUUUUAAAAAAAUAUAAAAUGGGGAGGGGAGGAAAGGGAGAAACUGGAUCCGAUUCCAACGUUGUGCGAAACAGAUUGGAGCGCCUCUUCUUUUCCGCAAGCUUUAAAACGGCGCUUCUCGUUCUGAACGACCUUUUUGUUGUUUUGGUGGGGGGAGGAGGAGGGGAAAGGCUUUCUCUCUUUACGUUUAUGUUUCGUUUUUACCCAGAAACACACACGUGGUUCAUAUUCGGCGUGACUUUUGUUUUUGUUUUAUCGGAAACCGGAGCUUUCGGCACGCGGUACACAUGGAAACCUAUAUACAGUACCGUGCAAGCAAAAAAAAAAAAAAAAGGACCGACCUGUUCUCUACCCGUGAACUUCGUAGCCGUCCUCGCGUGUUACGUGUCUUAAUUGGGGACGUCUUGAUUUUUAACUGAGCUUUUGAAAGAGAAAAGCGGCUUCAGUUCUGGAUGGAGCUGUGUCAAAGGGAUGCUUCUAUCCUAAUAGAUUCCGCAGCAGUUCCGUUUAGGUGCUUAUUAUGACACAUUGCUUGAGCUUUAUCUUUAAAGGGCUUCAGUGAGGGACAAGAAUGAGUUAUGCCGAAAAACCCGAUGAAAUCACAAAAGACGAGUGGAUGGAAAAACUUAAUAAUUUGCACAUCCAGAGAGCUGACAUGAACCGCUUGAUCAUGAACUACCUUGUUACAGAAGGCUUCAAAGAGGCAGCAGAAAAGUUUCGGAUGGAGUCUGGAAUUGAGCCCAGUGUUGAUUUAGAGACCCUGGAUGAAAGAAUAAAAAUUCGAGAGAUGAUCCUCAAAGGCCAGAUUCAGGAAGCCAUUGCACUAAUCAACAGCCUUCACCCGGAAUUGUUAGAUACGAACCGGUACCUUUACUUCCACUUACAGCAACAGCAUUUAAUUGAGUUGAUUCGGCAGCGUGAAACAGAAGCUGCUCUGGAGUUUGCUCAGACGCAGCUAGCGGAACAAGGCGAGGAGAGCCGGGAAUGCCUGACUGAGAUGGAGCGCACUCUUGCCCUGCUUGCUUUCGAUAACCCAGAAGAAUCACCUUUUGGAGACUUGCUCAACAUGAUGCAGAGACAGAAGGUUUGGAGCGAAGUUAACCAAGCUGUUCUAGACUAUGAAAAUCGUGAGUCGACACCCAAGCUGGCGAAAUUACUGAAAUUACUACUGUGGGCUCAGAACGAGCUGGACCAGAAGAAAGUAAAAUAUCCCAAAAUGACAGACCUCAGCAAGGGGACAAUUGAGGAGCCCAAGUAAAAUGUGCAGGUGGACAUUUAACACUCGGAACUGCACAGUUAUAUACAUUUUUAAUCAGUCUGUGACUGAAAUAUUUUUACUACAGUUCAGGACUUUGCAAUUUGGUUGUGUGUGGGUUUUUUUGUUUUUCUUGGCAAGCAUACUUAAAGGGAGAUGGGUCCCUUUUUAAAAUGCAGCAGAUCAGCAUUGAGAAGCAUUGUAUCACUUUGACCAUCUGACUUAGGCUAUGCACUGUCAUACAUUUUAAGCAAAAAACCAAGUCUUUCUUUUAUAUAUAUAUAUAUAUAUACCGUGCUGAAGGUUUGUAAUGUCUGGCUACUGAAACACAUUUCGGUGGCCAGUGAAUUAAUGUUGAAGCUCCUGGCAACUCUCCAGUUAACCUGUCUCUCACUUGAAUAUUGACUAUUUUCUGUGUUAAUUUAUAGCCAAAUAUGCAUUCCCUAUUUAUAAACUAGCAACUGGUUGAAGUGAUCAUUUUGUAAACCUCAUGGCAAUGUUGUUUUUCUGCAUAGAGUAUAGCAUAGGAAGCUUGUACGCUGUAAUUGGACAUAAUUCCCUUGCUUUUAACACCUUGGUGACUUAUUUAUAUGGGGCUGAAUGUUAUAUUCAUGAUGGGCCUAGUUCUCUUCAAAGUAUUGCUGACAAUAAAAGCUUUUUAUUUUAUAGUUUUCAAGAAUGACAAAAAUAUGCCUCUGAAACAAGAUGAAAUCACUUGGUAAUUAGAUUUUCUUUCAUUGGGGCUUUAUUUUUUCCUUUU